AUGUCCCAAAAUCCACGCCCGGGCUCCAAACCUCCAAAAACAAAAGUAUAUAAAGAAAACAGAUCCACCCGACCAAACCAUCACCCUCAAACAUUUCAAUUUCGGACUUUCGCCGGUGGUUCCCGACUCCGGGCCCCUAAUCCAUACAAUGGCGCCUGCACGUACCCAUCUCAAUCUGAAACAUCACUUCAAAUGGACCAAACGCGCCAGAAUUUCGCCGGAUUUUUCGCAACUUCACAACAGAUAUCCGCCCAUCGCACGAUCCCACCACCAAAUAAAAUUCCCCCAAUUCUCCCACCCCGAAAACCCAUUCCACCCCCAUUCACCACUGCCAUCGGCGUUUUCCCCACCAUCCUCCUGCAGACAGACGCUUCAAACAAUUCCGCAGCUCAGUCCCCGAUCUUCUCUCCACUAUACUCGCAAAGACUGCUGAUACACCUGCUUUUUCAUCUUGAACAAGCAGAUUUCAACGCCCACUGUCUCCGGGCUCAUAACCGUCUAUCCGCAGAUAUAUAA